AUGGCUGACAAGAACGAAGAGUGGAAAAAGCAAGAGAGAGAGAUCAUCGACAAGUUCUUCACAGAGAAGGUGCCCAAUGCACUGGAUCCGCCUACCGCUCUCUGCACCGAGGAGUCAUGCAUCAAUUUUGCCAAGACUACCCUACAAACAGACGACAUCAUUCCUGUCGACAACCAGGGUUCGAAUAGCUUUACUCUCAUCAGCAGAAGCCUGAAGACUGUGAUUCAGUUCCGUCUGACUGCGUUUCGCACCGAUGCUCUCCGCUUGGUAAAUGAAAUCUACGGCGAUCUCGUCCCAGAGGUCAAGUUCCACGAAGGGUUUCCACUGCCAGUUUACACCAGCCGAGUAAUCCCUGGAAGGUUUCACGUCCUUCAACCGUUCCCCGAGGCUCAGUUUCCGUUGGCGAGGGAAAGGACGACGGUUGCAGAGUUGGGAGCGUUCGUUGCGAAAGCAGCAUUCUUCGUUCAACCGAACCAUAUCCCGACGCCAGCUGGACACAUACUGCAGCCAAGUGUCCAUCUCCUGGAAAAGUUACCCGCAGUACUGACGCACCACAACUUUUCUCAAGUCAAUAUCCUCGUUGACGAUUCUGGACAUUUGACGGGGGUCAUUGACCUUGAUGAGGCGGGUAUCGAAGUGUUUGGCAUGUGUAUAUGGGGCUUGUAUGAAUGCUUCUUUGGCAUGAUGGAAAAUGGGAAAUGGUCUUUCUACGACACGGUUCUGGAUGGCGGGCCCCGAGAGGCAAAUACUAUUCGACAAGGUCUUGAAAACACAUUCUGGGAAUCGCUGUGGGCCAAUACCCCCGCUGGCCUGAAGCAAACAGAGACAGAGCAGGCGGUCAUGGUAUCACUAAGUGUCGGUGUUAUCAAUAGGUACUUCAUCCAGGGUAUGGUUGAUGAGGUUGAUCCGUCGAAGAGCGUCCACCGCAUGUCGCUAGUGUAUGCCAAAGGCAUUCUACCUCAAGUCUGGAAGGCCCAGUCGGGCGGACCUAUAGUUGAGGAGGAUACUAAAUGA